ACGACAUAAAGGCUUCACUCAGGAUAGUAACGAGGUGUGGCGAUGAUCUGACCAGUUCUGAUGAAGCACUCAGAACAAAUCUGGGUUUCAUGAGCGACGUUGACUCACCUUCAACAUCCAGGAUCCUGUGAACGUCUGAGAAACCCAAAGCUUGCACCCUGAUUUUACAGGUAAAACUUAUUUCUUUUCUGAAGCCGUUAAAUCAGAUGCAGAAGAACAGAGCAGCAGAAUAUUUGAUCGCAUGCAUGUGGGUGUAAUACACAACAUCUCCUCACUCGCCAACGCGCAGGUUCAUAAACUCCACUGUAAAUAUAAUGCAUUCAUUUUAGUCUAAAUGUUUAAUGUUAAUGUUUCAGUGAAUAUAUUUUGAUUUGCAGAUCUUAUAAUGGAAGUUGGAGUCAGUCUUAAUCACUUUCUGCUUUUUUCCUGCUGAAGAACAUGGAGUCUGUAAGACUAAUGAUGUCCACAACAAAGUACACAGUGGUUGGAGAGAUGCUACACUAUAUGAUCCCCACCCACAUGCAGUGCUCCAUCGGGUGUGGAGGCCGAGCCUGCAAGUACGAAGACCCGUCACGUUGGAGUGAAGACCAACAGGCCAUCAGAGGCCUCUACUCCUCCUGGAUCACAGACAACUUACUCGCCAUGGCACGACCUUCUACUGAAAUACUUAAGAGGUACAACAUCAUUGAGCAAUUCCAAAGAGGUGGGUUGAGGACAGUCAUUAACCUGCAGCGACCGGGCGAACAUGCUGACUGUGGGAACCCGUUAGAGCCAGAGAGUGGCUUCACCUACCUGCCUGAGACCUUCAUGGAGGCUGGCAUUUAUUUUUACAACUUUGGAUGGACAGACUACGGCGUGUCCUCCCUCACUGCCAUCCUGGACAUGGUGAAAGUCAUGUGCUUUGCCAUGCAUGAGGGGAAAAUCGCCGUUCACUGUCACGCUGGACUCGGACGAACCGGUGUCUUACUCGCCUGCUUCCUGGUGUUCACUUCACGCGUGACCGCCAACCAGGCCAUUUUAAUGGUGCGAUCCAAACGACCGAACACCAUCCGGACCAGACGACAACUGGUGUGUGUUCGGAAUUUCGCAAAGUUCUUGAUUCCUCUGAGGAGUGUGUUUGCUCACGCUGACCCGAGAGCCAAUCCCGUCACGCUUCCCCAGUUCCUGAUUCGUCAGAAACGCAUCCUGCACGGAGAUGAAGCUCGCCAGUUGAGAUACAUACCAAAAAUUGUGCGACUCAUCUGCAAGCUCUUGCUGGACAUUGUAGAGAACCGGCAGGUCAUCGAGGAGGAUGUUCUAGAGGUUCCAGAUGUCAUAUAUGAUGACGAGAGCUCAGUUUGCUUUAAUAGCAGAUCAGAACCUCAGAUCAUCAUGGUAGGAGCGGUUAAUUUCAAUCUGCCUCGACUUCCUGGUCCAUUUGCGACUCCUAAGCACAGCUCCCAGGUGCGUCUUCACUACGUUCACAAGAACCUCAGCUACAGUGAAUCGGAUCUUCAGAAACACUGUGAUACACUAAACCUCUCAAGAAACCACUGUGUGAGGGCUGUGUCUCAAAUCAACAUGUCCCACAACUGCCCUGAUGCCCCUCAGGUCACACUGAGAGAUUUAUCCAUCUACGGUUCCUGCAGCAGCCUGUGGGAUCUAAAGGCACGAGUGGAACAACAAGAGGUACCUUCUCUUCUGAGCGCUCGCCGUCAGUCGGUUCUGCAGCGCAGCCAGGCUCUCGGAGUCUCCACUGAGAAAGGGAGGAGCUUCUCGAAGGCACUCCUGUGGAAGAACAGUCAUGAAUGGAAUCAAAGGAACUAUAAAGGAGGUGAUGAUGAUGUGGAGGAGGAGGAGGAGGAGGAAGAGGAGGUUCAGGUAUCAGAGGUGCCGUUCCUCACCAUUCAGACAGAGCUGUCGCUGGAGGCUCGGCGUCUGCUGGUUGCUCAGUCACUCGCACUCGACCUGAAGCUUGAUGGAAAAGAGGAGCACGUCCACAAAGUCAGCAGCUGGCAGAUGGAUCUGAACUCUCAGGGGGGAUUUGAUCGCCUGUGUUCAGAGAGAGAUCCCUUCGUCCUGACAGGAAUCCUGUGGUCCUGGUUAGAGCAGCUGAAGGAACCCGUUAUUUUACUUACAGACGUUCAGACACUGAAACAGCAGAACACAGACCCAAAGAACAUCCUGAGUUCACUGCAGCAGGACUCGAGGGAAACGCUGCUGUGUGUGUUGGACUGUUUCGCUUGUCUGCUGGUGAUACCAGAGGAGGUGGAGGAAUCGUUUGUGGAGAGAAUAAUAAAGGCCUUCACACAGAUGGAGAACACUGGUGAAGGUCAGGAUGUCUAUGAGACCAUGACAUGUGUCCUGAAGCCUGUCUUACGGGAACUGAGGAGGAACGCCAUGGACAAGAAGGACUCAGCGGGGUGUUAGUUAUGACCCGGGGUUUAAUGAUGAAACAUUGUGUUCUCGUACAAAUAAACAUUAUCAGUUACUGGCUGUUAUUUGCCUGAUG